AUGGAUUUAUAUUCUUCUGUCUACCAAAGCCAAAACCUUAUAUACUUCCCUGAAAACUCCUUCAAUAAUUUAUUUUCCGAAUUAGAAGAUUUCACUAAUUACUUCAAUGAUGAUAUCAACUUCAACAACAACUCACAAUCACAAACCACGGAAUCGUUAUCCUUGCUAAACAAUGAACCACUACAUGUCUCAUCCAAUACAACUUAUACUCAAGUGAUGAAUGAGACGCAAACAUUACCAUCAUCAUCACCACCACCGCUGAUUAAAGAAAAUAAUAAAAUACCGUUUAGAGGAGUAAGAAGAAGGCCAUGGGGGAAAUUCGCGGCAGAGAUAAGGGACUCAACAAGAAAAGGUGCUAGAGUAUGGAUUGGAACAUUCAAUACGGCCCAAGAAGCUGCUUUAGCUUACGAUCAAGCUGCUUUUUCAACUAGAGGUUCAUCGGCUGUGUUGAAUUUUCCAGAAGAAGUGGUUAGAGAAUCACUCAAAGAAAUGGCUAAAAAUUCUAAGCCUUUGGAAGAAGGUACUUCCCCAGUGCUGGCAAUCAAGAGCAAACACAUUAUGAGAAAAAGAUCCAAUAAGGUUAGUAAAAAGAAAAUAAAAAAUGACCAAAUUCAGAUUCAGAUAGAGACCAAUUCUAAUUCUCAAAAUGUGUUGGUGUGUGAAGAUUUGGGUGCUGAAUAUUUGGAGCAACUAUUGUACUUAACCUCAUAA